AAACCGUCAAUUUGAAAUUUCAAAAACAAAGCUCUGAAAAUGAUUUCUUUUAUUUUAUAUAUUUGCAUAUUCGUUGCCGCGGCAGCUCCGCGCAAUUUAAAAGUAGUUAAGUACGAGGACUCGGUUGACACCAUUGUUAAGGACCUCAUCGACAAUUGGCAGUCACCAUUUGUUUACCUGAAAAGUCGCGGCUACCUGCCAAAGGAUCUGCCUGAUUUGGAUUUUCAGCAGCUUCAGGGGAAUUUAGAUCCAGAGCUGUCCUUAAAAGAUUUAGAUGCCUUUAACAAGGACUCCAAACGGGAGGUAGAAACUAAAAAGGUGCUAAAAACCGAUGAAGAGGUUGAUCAGCGAGCAGCCCGUUCCCUUGAAGAUCCCAAGGAACUAGAUUUGAAAAGGAUGUUCCAAUCGUUGUUCUCCUCCAACGACAAGAAUGCCUCCGAGGAGAUUAAAUCAAAACUGGGUGUAACCUGGGACAUGAAUGCUCUGAAAUCCUCUGCCCGUCUGGGAGCCAAACAAUUUCUGGACAAGUUUAAUAGCAAACGAAAUCAAAUGGAAAAACUUGUAUUAAAUGAAGCACCAGACGAAGUACAUCAGCUCAUGAUUCCACCGCACGCCUUGGAAAAUAAAAGUAACGAAACUAUGGAGAAGUCUUCAUAUUAUAAAUCAAACUUUCCAAAGGGAGUGGCCAAGAUUCUGAGCAAUCCAGAGAUAAGGAUCAAGGACUGGGACUCAAAGCCAGCCCUAGACACAUUUCUUAAAGCUGCCCAAAAGAAGUUUUAAAAUUGUUGUUGAUUAAAUGUUCUUGUAGUUCCGAA